AUGCUCAUUGUCACAUUCCUUUAUAAGGACGUGUUGUACUAAUGUCAGACGUUUUAACUGUUUCUUCAUCACAGAAAUCAGGAAGAUUAUCAGCUGGUUAGAAAACUCGGUCGCGGCAAGUACAGCGAGGUGUUUGAAGCCAUAAAUAUCACAAACAAUGAGCGUGUUGUGGUCAAGAUCCUUAAGGUAUGGAAAAUGAUAUAAAUGUGUCACAGCUUAAUGCAUUCGUUCUGGGCCACAUAACUUGCGCCUUCUGGCUGACCAGUGUUCUGAGAAAAGAGAUUGUUUACAUUGCUGUCUAAACAACUCCAACAGUCACAAGAGGGGCAUUCCUGAGUUUCAGUUCUGUAAAGAUUGCAGGGAUGACGUUCAGCGAUUCCCUGCUCUAGAGAUGCUGAACACUCCCCAUACAGAUACACUGACUUAACGAAUCUGUAUGGCGAGAUGCUGACUGGCGAUUUGCUGCGAUAUGCAAUAGCUCCUUAUGAUUGAUCGCAGUCGGGGCGGCUGGACAGAUCCUGGCGCUCGAAUGGAGUAAAAAUAAGUAAAAAGCUAUAUUUUAUUUGUUUUGGCUGGCUCCAUAAUCCAAAGCUUUCGCAUAGCGUAUAGUGUUCAGAAUAAAUGCUUUUAGUGAUUCUUUGACUAUAAUCGCUUCCAUGCAGCGACGAUGUGAGUUACAUUGUGUCCUCUUACAGCCAUAGAUUAUAUGUACAAUGUUUUAAUAAGGUCUAAUGCUAUUCUGAGAUAUAGUUCAUGUGUAUCCCCAAUAACUGGACUCAGUAUCCUGUUCCUUAAAAUACUGUGAAAUUGUUAUACACUUAUAGGACUUAAUAUCUGCUGAUCAACUGCCUUGAUAUGGACAUUCUAGUGAAUGACUUAUUAUUAUUAUUAUUGGUGCAAUAUCAGGUUUAAUGAGAUUUAAAGGAACCUCCUUGCCAAUAACGUGUGUAUCAAGUAACAGCUUGGAAUCAGCUCUCCAAUUGGAAAACAAAUGUUACAUAGUUACAGAGCUGAAAAGAGACAUGCGUCCAUCAAGUUCAGCCUUCCUCACAUUAGUUUUUUGCUGUUGAUCCAAAAGAAGGCAAAAAACCCAAUCUGAAGCGCUUCCAAUUUUGCAACAAACUAGGAAAAAAUUCCUUCUUGACCCCAGAAUGGCAGUCAGAUUUAUCCUUGGAUCAAGCAGUUAUUACCCUACAUAAAACCACUUCUUCAGGCAGAGAAUUCCACAUCCUGAUUGUUCUUACAGUAAAUAAAACUUUUCUUUGCCUUAGUCAAAAUCUUCUUUCUUCUAGUCUAAACGCAUGACCUCGUGUUCUGUGUGUGAACAGAUUUCCACACAAUGGUUUGUACUGGCCCCGAAUAUAUUUGUAUAAUGUUAUCAUAUCCCCUCUCAGGCGACGUUUUUCUAAACUAAAUAGGUUUAAAUUUGUUAACCUUUCUUCAUAGCUGAUAUGUUCCAUUCCUUUUAUUAAUUUUGUAGCCCGCCUCUGCACUUUUUCUAGUGCCAUAAUAUCCUUCUUUAGAACAGGUGCCCAAUAUUGCACAGCAUAUUCAAUAUGGGGUCUUACCAGUGAUUUAUAAAGAGGCAAAAUGAUAUUCUCGUCUCGAGAAUGAAUGCCCUUUUUCAUGCAUGACAAUACCUUACUGGCCUUGGCCACUGCUGAUGGACAUUGCACAUUGUUGCAUAGUUUGCUGUCUAUAACAAUUCCCAAGUCCUUUUCGUGUGUUAUCCCUAAUUCGCUUCCAUUAAAGGACCAUUAUAGUGCCAGGAAAACAUACUCGUUUUCCUGGCACUAUAGUGCCCUGAGGGUGCCUCCACCCUCAGGGACCCCCUCCUGCCUGGCUCACGGGGGGGAGGAAGGGGUUAAACUUAUCUCUUUCUCCAGCGCCGGGCGGGGAGCUCUCCUCCUCCUCUCCUCCCUCUUCUCCUCUUCGGGUGAAUGCGCAUGCGCGGCAGGAGCUGCGCGCGCAUUCAGCCAGUCCAUAGGAAAGCUUUCACAAUGCUUUCCUAUGGACGCUGGCGUCUUCUCACUGUGAUUUUCAGAGUGAGAAGCGCGGAAGCCCUCUAGCGGCUGUCAAGAGACAGCCACUGGAGGCUGGAUUAACCCAUUUAUAAACAUAGCAGUUUCUCUGAAACUGCUAUGUUUAUAAAAAAAAAAAAAAAGGGUUAACCCUAGCUGGACCUGGUACCCAGACCACUUCAUUAAGCUGAAGUGGCCUGGGUGCCUAUAGUGGUCCUUUAAGGGUAUACGUUGCUUGUGUAUUCUUUACACCGAAGUGCAUAACUUUCCAUUUUUCAAUAUUAAAUUUCAUAAGCCUUUUGAGUGCCCAGUCCCCCAGUCUAUCUAAAUCCCUCUGCAGCAAAUUAAUAUCUUGCUCACAUUGUAUUAUUUUACAAAGUUUUGUGUCAUCUGCAAACACUGAAACAUGACUUUCAAUGCUGUCUUCAAGAUCAUUUAUAAACAUGUUAAAUAGAAGGGGUCCCAGAACAGACCCCUGAGACUUGCCACCUCUGUCCAGCUUGAAAAUGUACCAUUAAUGACAACUCUUUGUACUCUGUUUUAAGCCAAUGUUCUACCCAAGAACAAGCAUUUUCAUCUAGACCGAUUUCCUUGAGUUUGAACACUAGUCUAUUGUGUGGAACUGUAUCAAAUGCCUUGGCAAAAUCCAAAAAGAUCACAUCCACUGCAACACCCUGAUCUAUACUUCUACUUUCCUCUUCGUUGAACGCAAUGUUUCCCUAGAUUUCUGCAAUGGGGCCUCUGCCUGUCUACGUUAAAAACAAGAGUUUAUUUCCAAGAACUCUUUGCUAUUUUUAGCUGGACUAUCAUCUUGUAAUCUGUGUGUCAAUAUAAAGUUGUGCUUUGUGUGCAGCCAGUAAAGAAGAAGAAGAUUAAGCGAGAGGUUAAAAUUCUGGAGAAUUUACGGGGUGGCACCAACAUCAUCCGGCUUCUUGACACAAUCAAGGAUCCAGUGGUAUGUAAUUACUGUAUUUCCCUGGCAUGUACUGACCAAUUACUGAAUGUCUGGAUACAGGCUGGGGGUAAUUACAGAUCAGUAAGGCUAAAUCACUAGAUUAGAUGCCCAGUACUGUAUCCAGCCUGGGGUAUGUGCUGAACAUGUUCUCACUGAAGCUGACUGAAUACCCAGUAUUUGUGUGAUAUUUACAGCAGUAACCGAUAUUACAUCCCCUGUCUGUGGUUUGAAGUCACUGAGACAGAUUGAAGCACAAUCUAGGGUAAUCUUGUCCUACACUUGAUUUAUGUAAAGCGACUUUACACUCCUCCAAAAUGAGUAUUAAAAGAGAACACCUUAUGUUUUCCAUCCUGUGAUUAUCGGGGAUUAUGUCACAGUAUUCUCAUGCAGGUGUGCUGAAGUCAGUGUGUUGGCACCAUGUUCCAAACGGUGCCAGUAAAGUUAGCAGGAGCUCUGAUGGGUGUUUGUUGCCAGUUCCUAACAGAUCUUUUUUAUGUAUCGUUGUGCCCUAGAAAAUGUUUUUGUUUUUUUGUUCUUAUUGCACAGUCCAAGACUCCAGCCCUUGUCUUUGAAUACAUCAAUAACACGGAUUUUAAGGUAUGUGGCAUAAAAUAAGUUAAAGGGGGCUGGGAGAACCACGUAGAGACACAUCCAUGGAUCUGGUUCUACAUGUGUGCUAUCUGCUGCCAGGCUUGCCACUAGACAUAGUCAGUUAGGGAAAAGGGAAGAGACGACACAGACUUUUUGUCAUUUUUAUAUUCACACUAUAUAUAUUAUUAUAUAUUUUCUGUAAAUUACAUUUGGUGUUUUUGUUUAGAAUGCAGUAAAUGUGAUUGAAGUAAUCGGGAUUCCCUGCGUUGUCAUUUCACUUACCCUGUUUUUGUUUUGUCUCCCUCUUGCAGCAGCUUUAUCAGGUCCUCACAGACUAUGACAUUAGAUUUUACAUGUACGAACUGCUAAAGGUGAGUCUCAGCAUUAGCAGCUUAGCAUUGUGGUGUUUGGGAGUCUGAGCUCCUUGAUGUAUAGGAUUCCUCUGAUUAUUUUUCUUCUCUGUGUCAGGCUUUGGAUUACUGCCACAGCCAGGGGGUCAUGCACCGCGAUGUGAAGCCUCAUAAUGUAAUGAUUGAUCAUCAGCAGAAAAAGGUAGUUGGUGUUUUACCUUCUCCCCCUUUCGGGGAUUACUCUUUACCCUGCCUCCUGUAACACAUUGCUUUCUCUCAGCUCCGGUUGAUAGACUGGGGCCUGGCAGAGUUUUACCAUCCGGCACAGGAAUACAAUGUGCGAGUGGCUUCUCGUUACUUCAAAGGUCCUGAGCUGUUAGUGGAUUACCAGGUGAGUGUGCAGAGCCCGGUGGGGAGUGGAAUGGUCUGUUAUACGAAGUGUGGGUAGAGACACUCACUCUCCCUCGUGGUGCCAUUUACAGAUGUAUGACUACAGUCUGGACAUGUGGAGCCUGGGCUGUAUGUUGGCCAGUAUGAUCUUUCGUAAGGAGCCAUUCUUCCACGGCCAAGACAAUUAUGACCAGGUGACUAUUAUCAAGUGUAAAUAUUGAUAAGAUGUGACUGUAAGAAAGAUAUGCAGCUGCCAUCCUUGGACUGAUCAUAAUGAGUUAUUGAAAGUGGAUUUGUGGUAGACAUACUCUGUGGGGUCCAUCACACCUGUGGGAGCUUGUUGGACAUCUCACUAAUAUGGAAUUGGACGUCCUAUGCUGUUAUAACAGCUGCCUCUCUUAUGAGAUAUUGAUUAUAAUGGUAGACAGCGAUGGCUAAUGUUGAGCAGUGGUGGCUAAUGGCAUAGUGGUUAAUGUGGUUUCCGGAAUGCAUGGUGAUAUACAUUGAUGUAUAAUGGCCUGCCAUAGAGAGAUGUGGGCUUGUGAGUUGUAGCAGAGCUACAGUACUCCAUCCUGAGGUGGUUAAGGAGAAGGAGAGAAAAGAGCUUCUGAAAUAUAAAGCCAAAAAAGAAGACCCUCCACAAUUACCUAUUAUUUUAGAUUUUAACAACAAGAAUAAAAUUUUGAAACAAAUUAUAAAAAAACACUGGCAUAUCCUUAACCCCUUAAGGACACAUGAGAUGUGUGACAUGUCAUGAUUCCUUUUUAUUACAGAUGUUUGGUCCUUAAGGGGUUAAACAAGAUGACCUUUUGAGAGACCAUAUCCCAGAUAGACCAAAUGUAAUAUUUAGAGGGGCCCCUAGUUUUAAGAUAGUCCUUACGAGAAAUUAUACAAAGAACAAUGUACAGCAGAGAAAAAACUUUUUAUCUAAGCCGAAAGGUUUUUUUAAGUGUAAUAAAUGUAGUGUGUGUAAAACUACAGACCCAACUGUCAAGUCUAAAACCACCCACUUCUCCUCCACAAUUACAAAAACAUUAUACCCAAUCAAAGAUUUCAUUGGCUGUAACACCAAAAAUGUGAUCGAUAUGUUACAUAGGCAUGACCAAAAGAUGCCUGAAAAUCAGACUGGCGGAACAUUGCCGAAACAUUAGAAGAGGGUAUGAAAAUCAUUCAGUUUCAAAACAUUUUUUUGGCACAUAAUAAAGACCCGAAAUUUUUAAAAGCUAUCGGGAUAGAACAAGUCACUGUUCCCAGGAGAGGCGGAGAUAUGACAAAAAUUUUAGGAAAAAGGGAAAUGUAUUGGGUCUUCCAACUUAAAACCCUCUCCCCAGAAGGACUCAAUGCUGAAUUUGAUCUUUUUAAUUUUUUUAUUAUUUUUUAUAAACAAAAUUCAUUUUUUAAAUAUUAUAUAUUAAAAAAAAAUUGUUUUACUCUAUUUUAUUAUUGUUUGUAUAGUUAAUAUUAAAUGCAUUAAAAUUUUUUUAAAAAUGUAAAUACUCCGCCCAAUCUAUCUAUGCCAGUUAGCUAAGGGGGCGUGCCUACUCACGCCGACCCCCUUGCCUAGCAUAUAUUUCCCAAAGAUCAUUGGGGAAUAUCACAUGAUCGCGGCAGAUCGCAAUCACGUGACCAAAGUCUUUUAUCAUCUCUCUUAUAGUUCUUAAAGGAAAAUACAAAUUUUCAUGAUUCAAAUAUAUUAUAACCAUAUAGUUAAGAACCUCUCCCUAAUCCCGCUAAGUAGUUGGUGAUUAUAGCUGUCACCCAAACAUCAGCCAAAACUUGAUGAAGGGUGAAAAAUAGUGAACACUUUAUUUAGGAAAUUGCUGGUUUAUAUACAUAGACCCCCUUUAUGGCGUCUUCAUUGAAAACAGAGUAAGCUCACCCAGGCGCCUCUGUGUCUUGGAGAGGACUGCGACAUGCUCUGCGAAUUUAAUUCUCCCAUGCACAGAUACACCCCAAAACACAUUGAAAACAUUAAGAACCUAUACACACAUGGUAUAACCAGAUAGCUCAUCCCAGAGCUCCCAAUCUGUGUGUGUAGAAAUCCCCUGUUCCCUAUGUUAUAUACCCAUUGCAUUCCCUUUUUUUUACUCUAUGUCUGCCCAUUGCAUUCGGUAGAUAUAACUACCGAAUAAAGACCACCCCUCUGGCAUAUUAAACAUAAAAGUUUGGGUGAAAUUGCUACCUCUGUAUGUGCGGCCAGCGUUCGUCAGUCGAACACCACGUGGCAGAGAAAACCGCGGCCAUCUGUGUUCAUGCGAACAAAGACAGCGGGACCUGGUCGUCGAGUGCAUGGAACUGAAAACGGACACUCGACUUCCCGAACACCAGUCCCAAACAGACGAACGCUGGAACUCUAUUUACCGAAUAGCUAGCAGAGCGCUAUUCGGUACUUUGGUGUAUUUGACAGAGGGGCUCGAACGCUGCUAGGAGCCAGAGGGGUCCAUUCGAUAUUUUGUUCAUUUUGAGGCUUUUUCGAAAGUGACCGGCAAAACCCACCAAAUUCAUGGAACUGUUUUGGGCAUACGGCCCAGGGGGAGCCGGUCACAAGAGACUUCCAUAGUUUUUGCAAACCCCUGAACCGAUCUGGGUGAAAUUCGGAUAUGUUGGUCACCCAGAUCAGGGCUAUCAGGGGACAUAUAAUUUGUGAGGAUACCUCGAGUAUAAAGGGGUGUUCUAGAUAUUGGGGAAAAGGUGAUUUUUCAGCCCGGAGAUAAUUAAGUUACUAUUUUAUCAGACUGAAUUAUCUCCUGGGCUAGGGAAGGGAAUUGUAGGUGUGUGUUAAAGUUUUACUGUAUGUGAUUGGUUAAUGUUUGUCCAUCCCUGAGGGCUGUCCCCUUGCAUGAGGACUUGCAUAAAAGCUGUGUGCACAUUAAAGGACAGUUAAUUUUGUACCCUUCUUCUUGUCUUCGGCUGAUGUUUGGGGAUUUGUGUGUUUCACUAAGGGAAUCAUCUUGUGAAGCUAUUGGGAUUGCUAUAGGAUUCGUCUACCCUAUCUACCGAACGAAGGGCUAUAAUCACUAAGGCUCUGGCGGUUCGGGAGGAAACUACCGAAUGAGGUUUAAAUAUACUUGGUUUCCUUACACUGUGCAAAUAGUGCCCUGAUCAAAAGUCUGGCAUGGAAACAACACUUGGUUGGUGUUUUGACUGGCCACGGCUAAGAUUCUAGCUGAAAACCUGGAAAUACCACUGGAUCUUGCACUCCAACUUUGCUGGAGGGUGCCAGCCAGGUCUCGGGGAAGCCAUAUUGAGAGAUUAUAGGUCUUUACAGUAUAAUCAUCUAUGGUUCUUCCCAGUGAUGAUGGUACGUGCAGGCUAAUAGUUGGAAGUGAUUUAUGAGAUACAUUGUUUACACGUGCAGUUGCAACUAUGUAUUGAAUAGAAUUUAUCUCUUGUUUUGCAGCUGGUAAGGAUUGCCAAAGUGCUGGGCACUGAUGAGUUAUUUGGAUACCUUAAGAAAUAUCACAUAGAGCUCGAUCCUCACUUUAACGACAUCCUUGGCCAGUGAGUAAUGUCUGUUAACUUGGUUUUAGGAGGUUGGGCUGGGUAACCAGCUGGUGUAAGAUGCAUUGACAUUAUACCCCUCCACCCCUUCUAAAGGCACUCACGGAAACGCUGGGAGAACUUUCUGCACAGUGAGAACAGACACCUAGUGAGUGCAGAGGCUCUGGACAUGUUGGAUAAAUUACUGCGUUACGACCAUCAGCAGAGACUGACGGCACGGGAGGCCAUGGAGCACCCUUACUUCUGUAAGUGCAGAAAUCCAGGGCUUGUUUCCAUGUGAGUGGGAGCACAUGAGGGAGGAGAGAGACAAUAUCUGAAGUUGUCUCAAUUUCUUAGUGUUUUUGAUGCAUCUGUGUUGCUUGAUUUUUGGGGUACAUACCCCAGUUUGUUUAGUGAUGGCAGGAUCAGUUGUUUUAAUGUUCUUUUUCGCCUCUCUCAGAUCCAGUUGUGAAGGAGCAGCAAGUGCAGGCAGACAGCUCUCUGGUCCCUAGCAGCCUGUCAGCCACUCGAUGA